CUUGGACCCCCUUUACAAGAGAUCCGAGCAAAGAUGUUCCAAUUUCGCGAUAUUGUGGAAUCAUUCACUGUCGGACCAUUACUGAGCCAUACAUGCCUAUUCGAGUUUUAAGACAAUUUGGAUAUGUUCAAGUGAUACCUCCAUGUCCUUUUGUUCCUAAUAAAGUGUAUAGGGGAUCCAAUAUACAUAAAUAUAAUUGUGUACAUGAUCCGAUGAUUACAAAUUGGAGAACGUGGCAACAACAUUUGAUGCAACCUGGUAUUCUUGGGUCUUUUCGUGCUCGUUUUACCACAGAGGUUGCUGAUAAUUAUAUAAGUUGGUUUAAGGAUCGCACACAUCCUAAAGUACAACAUAUCACAGGGCCAACUCCGAUGUCGCAACCUAUCCCAUUCAAUGAGAUGCCUGAUAGAGCGCGCUUGCAAUACUUGGGUGCACGUGCAUAUCCACUUCAUCCAGAGAUACGCGAUAGGACUGAUAAAGAAACAUAUUAUCGAUGCCUCAACGAGUUGACUAUUGCUUUGGAAGAUUUAAUGCCUGAACUCGAAGACGAUCGUCGUCGAAGAGGCGUCAGUCAUGCAUAUGGUCAUGGUGAUAGUUUACAUGGUAAUUGAUGAUUGUAUUUUUAUUGUCUUAGUUAGUCGUUAUGAAAUUUAGUAGUUUUAAAUAUUAGUGUUUGGGAUUUAUUUUUAAACAUGUGUGUUUAAUCUUA